CCGCCCCCAGCCGCCGGCCCCGCCCCCUUCAGCUGGCCGGACGUCCGGUCCACGUGCGUGCGCUCCCGAGGCCCCGCCUGUCUUCAGAGAGCCACCCAGUAAGCGCCUCUGAGAUUGGGCGAGCAGCGGCGGCCAAACCGGGUCAGAGUCCCAGGGCAGGUCCUUCCGGCGUCCCUGUGGAGGACCCUCACCACUGGGGAGCUUGGCCCCUGUGACUCCAGACUCCUGGUUCUUGGUCUCACCGACCUCCCUCCUUCCUGGGAAGAUGUUCCUGGUGGGCCUGACAGGGGGCAUCGCUUCAGGCAAGAGCUCGGUGAUCCAGGUGUUCCAGCAGCUCGGUUGUGCGGUGAUCGAUGUGGACAUCAUUGCCCGGCACGUUGUCCAGCCGGGAUACCCGGCCCACCGGCGCAUCGUGGAGGCCUUUGGCACCGAGGUCCUGCUGGAGAACGGCGACAUCGAUCGCAAGGUCCUGGGCGACCUGAUCUUUAACCAGCCCGACCGGCGGCACCUGCUCAACAGCAUCACCCACCCCGAGAUCUGCAAGGAAAUGAUGAAAGAGACCUUCAAGUACUUCCUUCGGGGAUACCGCUAUGUGAUUCUGGACAUCCCCCUGCUUUUUGAGACCAAGAAACUGCUCAAGUACAUGAAGCACACGGUGGUGGUAUACUGUGACCGAGACACGCAGCUGGCCCGGCUGAUGCGGCGCAACAACCUGAGCCAUGAGGACGCGGAGGCCCGGAUCAAGGCCCAGCUGCCCCUGAAGGACAAAGCCCGCAUGGCCCGCCACGUUCUAGACAACUCGGGCGAGUGGAGCGUCACCAAACGCCAGGUGGUCCUCCUGCACGCGGAGCUGGAGCACUCCCUGGAGUACCUGCCACUGCGGCUCGGGGUCCUCACGGGGCUGGCCAGCAUUGUCGGUCUUCUCUACCUGCUCACCCACUACCUCCUGCCUUCCCCCUAGCUGGACCCUCCAAGGCAGGAACUGCUGGGUCUCCAUCUCCUCAGAGGCUGGAACCAGGUAACAAAUGCAUCGGGUUUCCUCCCAACCCCUCAACACACGCACUCUGGAUCUGGGCUGGAGCCCUGCCCUGGGCCUUCCUUUCCUCUGGGCACAUACUGCAUCCUCUCCGAGGCAGGGAAACAGCCCUCCGUCAGCAGAUGCUCCUUUCCACCUUCCCCAGAGCCCCUCCCUCUGGAACCCCCCACAGAAUAGUGUCCAUGAGAGGGUGCGACCAGUAACAGUGAGAGACUAUUGUUAAUUUCUUGUGGGUGGGGGUGAGGAGCACUCUCAGGGGCUGUCACCAGUGUUUAAAGCUGGGAGGGUCCCUGGGCCUGAACCGUCUCCAAGCACAUGCCCCAUCAUGGCCAAAAUGUCCUCUUAGUGGACAUCGGGGAAUCAGUUUGGACCAAAGCCUGCCCCCUUCAAGCAGGAUUCCCUCGUAGACUGAAGCCCUCAGCCAGGAUACAGUAAGGAUUCACUUAUGAGCAAUGCUAUAUCUGGGCAGAGGCCAGGCCUCUUCUGAGAUGACCCACCGCCCCCCGUGGUAUUUCCCCAGCACUCCCUGCAGCCCACUCCCUGCCCCCUACCACUCUACCUCCCUGAGCUCUUGGUGGUCCACAUGCACCUGUAUGUUUCUUGCCUCUGUACCUUUGCCUUGCUGCUCCCCAAUCUAAAAUAACCCUCCCCCCACCCCCCAACUGGUUACCUUCUAGCUCAGGCACCACCUGAAGCUCCAGGAGGGGUUAGGUGCUCUGGGUCACCACCCUGCCACCACUACCAUGUUUUACCUGAAUCCACAGUAUAAUAAUCAACCAAAAGCUGGUUGGUCUCUCCUAGACUGUAAGCCCUUUGCGGGCAGGAACUGUGUCUUAUUCAUCUCUGUUCCUGGUGCAGAGCCUGAGUUGCCACUGGUGCUGAAUAAAGUGUGUUGAUCUGAAA